AUGUUGUUCAACGCUUUGAAAUCCCUUGCAGUUGCACUGCUUCUCCAAUCUCCAUUAGGUACGUCGAGCCCCAUUAGCGCAGUUGAGGAACGCGCAUCUGGAUACGAAAACUCUGCCUACUUCGUCAACUGGGGUAUAUACGGUCGUAACUAUCUACCGCAACAACUACCGGCCAACAAGCUGUCACAUGUGCUAUACGCAUUUGCUAACAUUCAACAGGACGGAACUGUCUACGCUUCAGAUGUUUGGGCGGAUUAUCAGAUCCACUGGACAGGAGAUUCGUGGAAUGACGUUGGCAACAACGCCUACGGCUGUGUCAAGCAGUUAUAUCUCCUGAAAAAAGCCAACCGCAACUUGAAGACGCUUCUCAGUAUCGGUGGCUGGACCUACAGCACCAACUUUCCAGCCGCGGCUAGCACUGCUGCCACACGUGCCACUUUCGCCUCGACGGCAGUGACGUUGAUGAAGGACUGGGGAUUCGAUGGCAUCGACAUUGAUUGGGAGUACCCAGCGGACGCAACACAAGCCGCCAACUUUGUUGCGCUGUUGCAAACAGUACGAUCUGCCUUGGACGCAUAUGCCGCCGCACACGCCCCUGGCUACCAUUUCCUCUUGACAGUGGCGUCACCGGCAGGUCCCGAUAACUACAACAAGCUGCAACUGGCUAACAUGGCCGCCGUACUUGACUACUUUAAUCUCAUGGCUUACGACUACGCUGGAUCUUGGGAUUCCACCUCCGGCCACCAAGCUAACCUGUACGCGAAUCCCAGCAACCCAACCGCGACCAAAUUCUCUACCGACGCUGCUAUUGCCGCUUAUGUCAACGCCGGAGUACCCGCAUCCAAGAUCAUCCUCGGCAUGCCCAUCUACGGGCGCGCGUUCGAGAGCACGGCCGGCGUCGGUCAAUCGUACUCAGGCGUUGGCAGUGGUUCGUGGGAGAACGGCAUCUGGGACUACAAGGUCUUGCCAAAGGCCGGCGCUACCGAGAUCUACGACUCCGCCUCAGGCGCGACCUACUCAUACGACAGCGCCACCAAGGAGCUCAUCAGCUACGACAACCCGGCCAUGGUACAGCGCAAGGUCACGUACCUGCAGAGUAAGGGUCUUGGUGGCAGCAUGUUCUGGGAGGCAAGCGCCGAUAAGACGGACGCUAGCAGCCUGAUUGGCACGAGUUAUUCGAGCCUGGGAGGACUGAAGAACACACAAAAUCUGCUCAGUUAUCCGGACAGCGUCUAUGACAAUAUUCGGGCCGGCAUGGUCUAA